UGUUGUUUAUUUAUAGUGGGGGGACACAGCAUUACACAAAGCUUGUCACAUGGGACAUCCCGAAGUUGUCCAAUACCUAAUAAUGAACGGCCUUAUACCAACGACUUGUACAAACAGACGCAAGAAUACAGCAGAUCUGGAAAUACCCUUCAACAAUCCUAACAGAGAUAUAAUACUGCACAUGUUUCAAAACCUUGGAUUUGUUAGAAUGCAAUCCAUGCACAUUGAUAUUGAAGGAGACAUAUUUGAGAAUCAAGGCAACUCUUAUGUUGAAGAAAGUGAAUCAGAAGAGCUAGAGGAAAGUGAGAGUGAAGAGGACCAGGUACCAAGAGAAGAUUUCGAUUUCGAAGAAGAUCCAAAAACCGAAACUAGAUCAAAAUGCUGCAAAUGUAAUGUGCUAUAAUAAAAUUGAAAACUAUUAAUUGUGUAAAUAAGUUCAUUAAUGGAAACUAA